ACUACACUCGCCACGCUGGACGCCUGCCGCCAGUCAUCACCACCGACCGCCGUCAACCACCGCGUCACUGACCUCACCGAGCUCUCGACGCAUCGCAAGUGCCAGCAACAACAAAAGGCAAAAGCACGACGACUCGGCCGACGACGACGCGACACGACACGACACCACGGCCGCCACCCACUUCUUGUUUGCCAGAAUGUACUCGACGCUCCAGCGGCUCAACCACUUCGGGUCGAUAUCGACGACCUUCAUUGUCGUGCUGCUCUCGCUCAUCUCGCUCGCGAGCUUCCUCACGCAGCCCGUGCCCGAGGUGGGAAAGAUUGCAGUCAGCGACUUGAUUGUCCAGCGCGGCCGCCUGAACCGCUGGGCCGCGCGCGAGGAGGACAUUGCCUCGCUGCGCUUCAGCGUCAAGACGGACCUCACGCCCCUGCUCACGAGCUACAACACCAAGCAGCUCUAUCUGUACCUCACGGCGGCGUACGUCGACCACGCCGGCGCAGCGCACGAGGCCGUGCUCUGGGACCGCAUCAUCACGCGCGCCGACUCGACAGACUUCCGCGCCGUCGGCAAGGGCAACACCAAGCCCCGCGUCAUGCGCAACCCCCGCCUCAACGUGCCCGAGAGCAGGAGCCACUACCACUGGCGGAACCCGUCUGGGUCGUUCCGAACCGUCGACAACGCAAACAUCACACUACACUACUCGCUCAUGCCCUACGUCGGCAUUCUCACCUCUGGAAUCGCCGCAGAGGCCCAGGGCUCAGUAGACAUCACUUACAAGAAGCGAUAAAGUUGAAAAGUGGCAUUGUGUACAAUAGGUUUGCGUAGGCAGCUCGGUGCAUUAACCCAUACAGACAUGAGAUGCAGUGUUGGGGACAUAGAGGUAUGGGGUGCAGCUUGCGCGCUGAGGGUGGUUUCGGUUAGGCAAUGCACAGAAAAGUCUUGUUGCUACAGGAUGAGGAAGGUCAACUAUAGGCAAGCGCCGAUGAGCGGUCGCUUGGUGGUGGUGGUGGUGGUGGUG